UUCCGGUGCCUAUCGCCGCCGCCGUCGUCGCCGCUUCCGUUCUCGCCCGGUCACCACCGAGUACCGUCAACAGCCGCCGCCGCCGCCGCCGACGAUUUGCGCGCGCGGACGACGUCGUUCCGUUUCACGUUUGGCGCUUUAGUCGUUUAUCAGACAUUGGCCGGACGCUUCCCCGCCACCUCCUCCGCCGUCGAUCAUUAAUCCCGCGCCGUCGACGGGGACGUCCCUCCUCGUGUGCAAUGACAGCCGGCCGGUCGAACCGCGUCUAACACAAAUAAUUUAAUAUUAUUAUUCAAUCGUCCGACUCGCGUCGUGUCGGUCACUACCGACUGUUCUCCGGUCGAUCGGUUGUUUACUUUCUUUCGAAUUUAAUAUAAUUACCGACUUUUUGUCGUCGACGACCCGCCGUCCGGUCGUUUUCGUUUCGUCGCUUUUCCAUUUUCUUUCGCGGCGAUCAUGGCUGUCAACGGUACCGACGUCAACAAGGUGACCGUCGUCCUAGGCGCCCAAUGGGGCGAUGAGGGCAAGGGCAAGGUGGUCGAUAUGUUGGCCACCGACGCGGACCUCGUGUGCAGGUGUCAGGGAGGAAACAAUGCAGGCCAUACUGUUGUUGUGGAUAAUAAGGAAUUUGAUUUUCACUUGUUGCCUAGUGGAAUUAUAAAUCCUAACUGCAAAUCUGUAAUUGGUAAUGGAGUUGUUAUCCAUCUACCUGGGUUAUUUGAAGAGUGCAGUAAAAAUGAAAAGAAAGGGCUAUUGGACUGGAAGAAACGAUUGUUAAUUUCUGAUCGUGCUCAUCUUGUGUUUGAUUUCCAUCAGCAAGUGGAUGGUCUCCAAGAAAUGGAAAAGGGUAAAAAGUCUUUGGGAACAACAAAAAAAGGUAUUGGGCCAACUUAUGCUUCUAAGGCUACUAGAAAUGGUCUAAGAUUAGCGGAUUUACUUGGAGAUUUCAACACGUUUAAAGAAAAGUUUUACAACUUGGUUGAUAUACAUAAACGUAUGUUUCCAUUACUAGAAGUUGAUCCAGAAGAAGAAUUAAAGAAAUAUGAAUAUUAUGCUAAUGAAUUAAGACCAUUAGUAGUGGAAACUGUUGGAUAUUUGCAUUCCGCAUUAAAAGAAGGAAAACGAAUUUUGGUGGAAGGUGCUAAUGCAGCAAUGUUAGAUAUUGAUUUUGGUACAUACCCAUAUGUAACAUCGUCAAAUUGUAGUAUUGGUGGUGUUUGUACUGGUCUUGGUUUACCUCCAUCAAGGAUCGGUGAUGUUAUUGGAGUUGUCAAAGCAUAUACUACAAGAGUUGGUGAUGGGCCAUUUCCAACAGAGUUAUUUGAUGAUGUUGGUGAAAAGUUACAAACCAUUGGAAAUGAAAUUGGUGUUACAACUAAACGGAAGCGUCGUUGUGGGUGGUUGGAUAUCCCGCUUCUAAAAUAUACUUCAAUGGUCAAUGGAUAUACUAAAAUCUGUUUGACCAAACUUGACAUACUAGAUACUUUUGAUGAAGUAAAAAUUGGAAUUGAAUAUCAGUUAAAUGGAAAAGCGCUCAACUAUUAUCCAUCCAGUUUAUUUGAACUCUCAUCCGUUGAAGUUAAAUAUUUAACUUUGCCUGGUUGGAAAACUAAUAUUAGUGGCAUAAGACAUUUUGAUAACCUACCGGAGAAUGCAAAGAAAUUUGUUUUUACUGUCACAGAACUCCUCGAAGUACCAGUUAAAUGGGUUGGAGUUGGCCAAGGAAGAGAAUCAAUGAUUAAUGUUGAUAUUUGAUUUUUUCUUUUUAAAUAUUCACUGAAUAAGCUUAAUUUGAUCAAGUUAUUACUCAAGUUGGUAAAUGUUUAAAGCACAAAUUACAUUUUUUAUGCUCUUAAAUUUCAAUUGUUGAAGCUAAUACAAUUAUUAUACAAUUCAAAUAUACUUCUUUUAGACUUAAACUUUUAUCAAACUAGUCAGACUAGUAACUUGGACCAGAUAAAUAAUACAGACAAUAAAAUCAGAGAAUAAUGUAUAUUUCAAAUGUGUAUUUUGAGUUAAGUUUAAAAUUACAAUUUAGAUAACAUAUAAAAUGUAGUAUAAUAAUGGCUUGAAUACUUAUAAACAAAAUUAUAAUUUAUAAAACAUCAGAAUUAAGUAUUUCUGUUUUUAUUUUUAAAUUAAUAACCAUUGUGUAUUGUUGUCGUUUCAAUUGAAAAAAGUUGCACUUAAUAUUAUUUUCUUUUGUGAAAAUUAACUGGGAAAAUUCUUUUUGGUAAUGAAUAUUUUUUAUUUUAUUUUCUUUUAUUUUUAUAAUUGUAAAUACAUCGAUUGUUUUCCAUGUUGUUACAUUGUUAAACAUAUUUAAGCAAAAAUAAUAUUUCUUUAUGAAUGUUAUGAUGUAUACUUUAGAACACAAUUAAAUAUUUUACCACACAUGUAUAAGCUGUUGUUAUUUUUUAAUUUUGAUCAGAUGUCCAAAUUACAUGUAAUUUAUGCUAAUCAUUUACUUUUUAGCUCCUCCAUAGUGUUACCAUCUAGAGCAGUGGUUCUUAAUCAAUGCGUCGUGUAUUACCUUGGUGUAUGUCGCCAAAAAAAAUUGUUUAUUUCUAAUAUACAUGUUCAAAGUAUAAAUAUAAAACAUUAUUAUGGUGUUA